CCAUACGGUCAAAGCCCUUCUUCGUCCUUACACUCUCCCUCACUUCGACCUAGACCCCUAAGCGCACACACUCUUUUCGACACACCGUCUCGCACGGCCACCAUACAACACAUCUCAGCCCAUCCGACCACGCGCCUCGUCAUCUUUACAGCCUCCCUCCACCUCCGCACAACAUGCUCCGACUCUCCUCCUUCAUCGCGACCGCCGCAAUCCUCGCCACCGCCGCGCAAGCGCAGACCCAAACGCAGAUCGUCAACUGUCAGAACUCGAUCAACAUUCCCAGUUACCAGGACGUGUACGAUUACGAUGUCAGCGAUACGAGUUCGUUUACGGUCACGUAUACGUACAACCCGCAGUACUGCGUGGGUGUUCCCGUACAAAGCAUCCGAUUCACGGAUUACUCUUCGGGCGCUCAACAGGCUUGUACAUCCGCUCCAUUCUCCUCGGCCGGAACGUACACUUCGACGUGUCCCGUCACGAAAGGUUCGAUGGCUGCGACUGCCCUAGCAGCUGGACCGGACGGGAGUGAUUUCUCCACAACCUUGAGGUUCGGUGUCAGGCCUACGCUCUACGUCAGGGAAGACAUUUUCAGUAUCGUAGGAUCCGACGCUAGGACGACCAUGGUCACUUCCACCACCGCUGCUACUUCCACCACUGCCGCUGCUACGACCACAACAGCCGUAACCUCGACGAUCACCUCUCCCCCUUCUUCCCCCUCGGAAAUGAAGAGGAAACGUCGAGCUCUGACGGCUUCCCAGGUCGACUUGUCUUCGAUGAUCUGUGAUGCUGGUUACACCGCCUGUCCCUUGAAGACCAAGACCGGCUGGCUGUCUAGGUGCAUCGACACGACGAGCGAACUGUACGCUUGUGGAGGUUGUCCCGGGUUGCCAGGAACUGCGGAUUGCACCGAGCUCGUUGGGGUGGCUGAUGUUCAGUGUGUGAAGAGCACUUGUCAGAUCGAACGAUGUGAUCGCGCUCACAAGUUGUCGGCCGAUGGGAAGACCUGCGUACCAAAGGGCGUUGCUGGCCGUCGAAGGGGUCUCUACUAGGUUUUGCCCGGGAUGGCGUAACCCAACCAGACAGUUUCCGAGGAGUUUCCGACUUUAUUUUUUUUCCUUUUCGAUUUUGGGUUUCAUCUCGGCAUUUCUUUUGGGUUUAGGUAUUGACUUGCUGGUCGUGAACAAGACAUUUGAAUACCAAUCUGUUCUAGAAGCUAGAAGUAUAGAUCAUAAUAUGGAAAUCUAUGGGUUACGCAUACGGGAGUUAGCUAGAUUACUC